AAGUUAAAAAACAUAGAGAUUGGUGCAUCAUCUAGCACAAGAUACCUUGAAAUUGACACAAAAUCAUUGAAAAUAUAAGUCAAUUAUACUCCCGUGAAGACUUAUAAUAAACUAGUAUACUGACUGCUUUUGCUGAUGGACUAGUCGGUGUUGCAUUACUCUUGCUUUCAUCUUCUACUCUUUGUUUUUGUGGGGUUUGUUUGACAAUCUUUAUUUGUGACCCAUCAUUUUUCUGAGCUCCAUUUGCCGCUUCUCCUGGGUGCAACUAAAUAUCUGCUAGAUCAAUCCCAGAAAAUUCGAAAAGCAUGGCUCAAACAUUAGAAGCAAUCAAGGUCGGUGGAGGUUCUGUUAAAGUGGGAACUACUGGUAAAGUCAGUGCCUUGAUGUCAAGAGAAUUAGAUUCCAAGAAACCUGAUUCUCAGACGCCAACGUCAUCCAAGAAUAAGUCUCCUAGUGUUUGUGGUUUCAUUCCUGGUAGCGCGACCAGUCCAAAGAGAAUGAAGCCAAGAACAUCAGGCGACGAAGCAAGCAGCAGCGGGACAUCAAAGCAUAGUAAUAGUAAAAGCCCUGAAUUUGUCCGGAAGAUGAAGCACUACAGUAGAAAAACGCAUCAAGUUCCGAUACUAGAAUCAGAAAAUAUUUCAGUAGAUGGAACUCCUAUUAGCCAAAAAACCGACAGAAAGGGACCUUACAUGGUAGAAAUUGUGGACAUAAAAUGCAGAAGUAUGGACAGAACUUGGACAAAUCCUAUAAAAAAUAGCCUGAAGAAACUUGGUUUCACAAAACUAUCUGAGAACGCGGUCUAGUUACGCAAAGCUUCAAAUAUCAGCCUUUAGAUUCCUGUAAGUGAAUCUUGAAAUAGCAGUUGGUGGAUUACAUUCUGCAACUUCUACCAUUGAGCACAUGCUCGGCAUCAGCUUACAGCUCUGUUUCUUCUUUUUGGGAUUCGUGACUAACGAUCCAAGAUUUGAUCUAGAGUGACUGUUAGUAGAAGCCACGUCUGAAACUUGACGACAUGGCUUGUGCGUGCUGUUGUGAUGGUUUAGUUGUAGCCUACUGAAGUACUCGAUUUCUUGUAACACGAGGGAUCCAACGGUUCCUCUGCUACCUAUCUUGACUAGAGGAUUAUUCGCAGCCAUCUUCUCAGCAACUGUAAAUCCUAAGCCAUUAGCUUUAUAUUCAGAUUUUUGCAUGAUAGGAGGGAAAGUUGUGGUAUGAGGUUGGUGUUUUGCCUUGAUAUGAGAAUUGGUCAUUCUGGUUUUAGGCCUAAUUCUUAGUGCUUU